UUUGGAUUUGUUUUCAUGUCUCCGUAGGAAAUCAAUUAGACACGUAGUGUAGGCAAAACUGUAAUAACAAAUGCAAGGUGCGGUAAAAAAUGAGUCACUGGAUUUGGACAUCUGAGCAUGGGAUUAAAUGAUAAGGAUUGGGGAAAAGAUAUUCGAGUGCGUGCUCGCACAAGUUCAACCGAAGGCAUGGUUCCAGAAAGUAUUAUUCCGGUUCUUCCCACGAACAUUCCCAUUCCGGAAAUGGUCGGCAUCGGGCUAAAAGGAAACGAGAAAAAAAUCGGUCUUUUACAGAUAUUUUUACUGAACGCUGUUGUGUGUGGUGUGGAAAUAUGUGCGUGUGCUGGAUUCACCUACAUUCCACCAAUGUUGUUAAAGGCUGGAUAUACAGAGGAGAAUAUGAGCAUAAUAUUAGGUCUGGGUCCUUUGCUAGGUUUUUUUCUUGUUCCAAUAAUUGGCCGAGCAAGUGAUAGAUGUAGGAGCAAGUUUGGACGAAGACGACCAUUUAUUGUUGGAUUAUCAAUACUCUUAAUAAUGAGUUUAAUAUUAAUUCCAUAUGGGGAGAAAUUGUGUAGGGAAUUAUUUGGAACUGGUGCAAUGGCAAAAAGUAUGACGUUGUUAUUGUUAACUAUGAGCGUUGUUUUGUUGGAUUUUACGAGCCAAGCUUGCCUAACGCCUUGCGAAGCAUUGUUGUCAGAUGCUUCACAUGGGACAGAUCAACAUGAGCGUGCUUUUAUUGUUUAUUCCCUUAUGGUUAGUUUAGGAGGAUUUAUAGGUUAUCUCAUAACAGCUUUAGAUUGGAAUGCAACAACCAUAGGAUUAUUUUUCAAAACCCAAGAACGCUCAGUAUUUUCAUUGUUGAUCAUUUUGUUUGCACUCUUAUUGAUAGCAACUCUGAUUGCAGCAAGAGAAUCACCAUUUAUGGGACCAGAAACAGUCAAAAAUAACCGACCAAAAAACGAAGCCAAUGAUACACUUUUAGAAAUCGGAUGUAAUGGUGGUGAAUCAGGCUAUGACACAAAUGGAUCAGAAAAUGGCAGCAAAAUUGUUACACCAAAAGAUUUACCAUCAGUUCAACCAAUCUCAAGAACUCCUCGAUAUACGGCAUCACCAAAAUUUGGAAUAAAUUCAUUGUUAACAUGCAGAUUAUUUGCUGCCAUAUGUAAUUUAUGUCGUUUGAUAUGGAUAAACAUUCAUGAAAAGCUACCAGAGCCUGUUCAAAAGUUAUGUGAAAUUCCACAUGUUUUACGUCAUCUUGCGCUUGCUCAUUUCUUUAGCUGGACAGCAGUGAUGGGAUUCAACUUAUUUUUCACUGACUUUGUUGCAAAUGCUGUUUUUUUCGGAAAUCCUAAUGCACCAGAAGACUCUGAAUUGCGUAUCCGAUUCGACAAUGGUGUCAGAAUGGGAAGUUGGGGCCUCUUGUUGCACUGCAUCACAUCAGCUGUGUAUGCGCUGUUUGUAGAAAAAAUUGUAGCAAGAUUUGGCUGUAGGCUUACAUACUCCAUAGGGAUGGGUUCAUUUGUGUUUGCCAUGUGCGGGAUAGUGCUGUUUCGCAGCGUGAUGUUUGUGAACUUAAUGGCAGCCAUGACGGGAAUAGCCUAUGCAACUGUCACUACCAUUCCAUAUAUUCUGGUCACCAAGUACCACAGUGAUAAACAGGCAUACUUCUUUGAAACCCCACAAGUGGCAGCGAGGGGUGUGGCCACAGACAUGGCGACACUGGACAGUGCCUACUUCCUGGCACAAGUCGUCCUCUCUUGCAUCAUGGGAUACAUUGUGUACAUGACCGGCUCGGUCCUCUCCUACAUGGUGACGGCUGGAGUGAUGGGGGUCUUGUCUCUGUACUUUAUACAAAACGUGAUCACCAGUCAUCAAGAUUUAAACGUUUUAAAACAGUCACUUAAUGUGUUAUGAUACUGACUUACUUAAAAUAUUGUACUCAUGUUUAUUUUCGGAUUUGUCUGUUCUUGUUAUUUGAUUUUUUUAUUUAUAGAUACCAAUAUGUGAUAGAAUACUGAACAAAGUAUAUCUUGUUUUUAAAGAUACUAGUUUGCAUAUUUGUGGAACAUUGUUCCAAUUUGCCAAAAAAAAAAUUCUAAAUUUUGUUACGGUAAGAAACACUGAAAGGGUUUGUACAUGUUUUUGAAAUACACAUGUAUUUUAUUUAUAUUCUCUGUAGAUGACUUUUAAAAGUAACAAAGUUGUAAAAACGGGUAUAUCUGUGAGAGUGCAAUCUCCACAAAAAUGCAAACAAGUCUCUUGCAUAGUUUGUUUUACACCUUAAGCGGGCUUUCAAGAACCAAGAAAUAAUUGUUAUGUGGGUCUAACAACUAUCACAUGUUAUAAUCGUAUAAAUAUUUCAUUUGUUUUAUUUCUCAUUUCAUGAUAUCAACCAGAUUUUAUUAGCAGAUUGUAUGAGUCGUCUGGAUGUAGUGUAUAAGAAUGUAUAAAUAUUUCAAAUUUGUCUAUCAAUGUAUUUCAUAUUUCUCUAUCAAUAUAUUGUAAUGUAUUUUAAAUUAUCUAUCAAUGUUUUUAAAAUUGUUAAUCAAUGUAUUUUAAAUUGUCAAUUAAUGUAUUUUAAAUUGUCAAUCAAUGUAUAUUAAAUAUUUUAAACAACUGUUCGAUAAUAAAGGUGCUCAUUGAUCAUUAAAAUAGUUAAAGCAUAAUUGCAUUUUGCAUUGAAGAGAACCGCCUCAGCGCUGGAUUCCAACAGUGAGUUUCAACUAUUAAAAGAGAUUUGUUUGUUGUUCAUAUGAUCAUUACUUAAAACUACGAAUUACAUGCCAGUCUCCUGCCUCAGGGACCUAAGGCACUUUGGCCCUCUAUGUUAAAUUUUUCUUGCUGUGUGUGUGUGGUCUAAGUCAAGCUUUUUUGUCAAUACUUAUGGUUGUGAAUACAGUUACUUAAUUAUGUAUAAUAUAUUAUGUAGUUUCAUAACCUACUUCAUGGUACUUUUUUAACAUAUCUUUAUUAUCUGUGUGUUAAACCUUUAUAUGUAUUUAUUGAAUAAUAAGAUGAUUGAUAUAUUAUUUAUAGUACAUUGUAACCUUUUUCUCUGUGAUCAAAUAUAAUACUAGCUUUAAUGUUAGUUAGCAAUGAUUAAUGUUGUGAUGUAUUUUGCAUUCUGACAUUUCUUGUGACUUGUUUUAUUUUACUGUUUAGUUGAAGUUAUUUGAUAACAGCUAGUAGAUUUUAACAUAGCUUCAACUUUUUAACCAACAAAUAUGUUAGCGUUCCAGCGUUUUUUGAGACACUUAGCUUUAGUAAUGCAUUUUAUUUUGUUUGACUUAAUUGCAUAUAUAUAUAUGUACAUAGUAAUAUUCUACAUUCUUGAAGCAUGUUACAUUACUGGUAAUAUUCAUGACAAUUUAAGUGAAUAUUUUUGUUAACUGGGAGUUUGUAUAAAACAUUCAUCAAGUACCACACUUUUUCAGUUAUUCAAAGUUUGACAUAACCAGAGCUUUAGUUUGAUGCUGUUACAAUAUUAUAUGCUGUAUUUUAUUAUGUAUUUUAUUUACUUUGAAUGCUAACAAUAUGUACCAGUAUUAAUGAUUACAACUUAAAUAAUGUAUACAGCGCUACAAAUUAAAUGGUAUGUUUGCUAGCAUGCAACAGAUACGAUGUUGUUCCUCAUAAACUAAGAGCUGUGAACAAAAUAUGAGAACUGUUUAUGAAUGAGAUUGAUCUUAUUUGGGAUUAACAAUGGGAACUACUUACUGUUUUUAAUAUGUAUAACAUGAGCAAGUUAAAAGGUAUUUUCUUAUCAAUUUCUGUUAAUUUUGUGUUGGUUUAAUAUUCAUGAUUUCAUGAGUUGGUUAUGUAAUUUUAUAAAUUGAAACCUAGCAAAAUACUAAAUUACAGAUUUUUAACCUUGAACUGCUAAUUUUCAUCUAUUUUGCUAUUAACCCCUCAAAACAAUCAUGGAAAAAGCUUUCAAUAAAAGAAUAUAGUACUACUUAAAAGGUUUGUUGAACUGAUGGCUAUGACUGUAAAAGCAAUUCUGAAAUAAAAAGAAUGUAUUAUACUUUACCUUGUAGUUUAUUAUAAGCAAUUAUAGUUUUUGCUACUCACUGGAACGUGAACUGUUUCAUCCGGCACGCACAGUAUCUUCUGAAUCAUUUCAAUACAUUUAUACAUUUUAAUGGAACAUAUUACCCUGCUUUUUAAAGUCUCCUUAUGUUUUAGUGGUUUGUGAUUAACAGAUAGGAUGUUGUUUCUCAUAACCUAAGAGCUAUGAACAAAAUAUGAUAACUGUUUAUGUAUGUAUAUCCAAAUCACUUCUCCUAACUGUUUUGACCUUUUUUAACCCCCAUAAUGAUAAAAAAAUGCAUUUAUCACACUGAUAAAAUGUAACAAAAUCGAAAGUGUGUAAGCUAAAUUUAGCGAUCACGAUGUCAUUAUGAAAUUUGCAUAUCACGUGACUUUCUGAAUUCCUAAAAUUCUAUGAUGCUUCAUGGAAUAGUUAGAUGACAUAAAUUUAAUUCUUAAUGACAAGCAUAGCACACGAGCCCUUAUUAUUCGUUAAGAUAUUACAACAGGUCAUCUAAUUGACUUAGAAAACAACCUCAUUGGCUGAUCAUUUUUAACGCAAAAUCUGACUCAUGGAGUGUGUAUCGGAGGAUUGGCAGUAGGCAGACAUUUAAACACAUUGGAAAGUUUAAAUCGUAAUGAUUAAGUAUACCCCAGUAGUAUUUAAUGAUUGUCUAUCUGCAAUUUCAUUGGCUUAAAAUGUAGGUUGUAUUCUAAUUACUGAUGAUUUGAAAGACAAUUCAAAGAGGUUUUUGGUUUAAAAAGUUUUCCCGGUUUUCUAUGAUAUUGUAAUUGCAUCCCUUGGAUCACAAGGACUUUCAUUCACCUGGUCGAUAUCAUGUCAAUCAACCAAUUACACAUUAACAAAGCUAGUGAUGCCAAAAUACAAACUGUGGUCUUCGGUAUUUGAGCAAUUAUCAACAUUUGCUGAAGGGUUCCAGCUUUUAAUAUCUGAGUUUUAACACUCCGUAUGAUUUGCCACACUUUGUUUUGUCAUACACCAAAAAGUGCAUUUUACAAAGACCUGAGCGAUGUGGACCAUUUUGGGAUAUUGUUGGUAUUUCCCAUACAUUUUUUUGUACCUUGUGUGGACCUUGAGAAUUUAUAAGACAUUAUAUGAAACUAUCAUAGUUAUAAUUAUACUCACUUUAUUUUUUUUUCUGAUUAAUUAAUCGUAAGUGGCACCGUGGCUUUAAGCUUAAAUCUGUGUGUAUAUUGUAAGUUCUUAGAAGUGGUCUUCAUUGUAUCAUGAUGUUACUGUAAUAUUGUUAAGUAUGUAUAUGUAAUGCCAUCAGUUUUUUCAUAUAUUCAGAAUUAACACCUUUUUGGUAUGAUUGUUGGCAUGAUUACAUAAAUACAUUAUGGGGACCAUAUUGGGUUUAGUUUGGAUGUCCACCGUUUUUCACACUACUGUGUCUGCUCCGUAUCUCUUAAACCCAUUGACGGAUUGUCAUGAUACUUGGGUCAAAUGUUCACAACAUCAUGACCACUUGCAGAACCCUUAUUCGAGGCCCGGCGACUUGAGAGCAAGUUUACAGGUCAUUGUCAAGGAUUCAAGACAUACGUUUUGUGACCGCUCUGUAUGUUUUGAGCCCAUCGAAGGAUUGAAACUUGUGCUAAUGGUUUGGGCAUAGAAUUUGUGUCCGCUCCAUAUUUUAUGAAACUCAAGGUAAAAAGUUCUCUACAUUGAGACAACUUGCAGAGCCCCCAUAAUGGGCAUAUUGGUUCAAGGUCAAGAACACAGUAUAAGGUCAAAGGUGAGAGUCACAGAUUGUAUGUCUGCUCCAUAUCUCUUAAACCUCUUGAAAGAUUUUCAUGAAACUUUGGUAAAAUGUUGACCACAAUUACAUAACACAUAUAGCCCACACUCCAGGUGCAUCAAGGUCAAGCGCACAGUGUAAGGUCAAUGACUAUAGCCAUAGAUUUUGUCUCCAUAUCUCUUAAACCCCUUGAAGGAAUUUCAUAAUGCUUGUGGGCAAUGAUAACCUCACCAACACAGCACCUACAAUCCACUCCUUCCUAGUGUAAAAUAUUGUGGGGGGAAAUGAGAUGGGCAUAGGAGAGAUAUCUGUUGUUGUUUCCAUAAAUAUUUGUCAUGUAAAAGGGGCUAAACACAACGCAUUGAAUCUUACUUACUCAUAUAUCAUAUUGCUUACAACACAUGCAUCUUUAGCAGUUUAUGCUCAUUUUUCCAAUUCAAAAUUUACUAGGGUUGUCUACCACAAAAACCACAGUGUCAGAGUUUAAAAAUAUUGUCUGUAUAUUUAUCUGUACUCAUAAACAGAUUGAUUUAAACUGGGAAACCAUUAAGCUCUAUUUUAAACAGGGAAACACAGAUGAGACAGCAACAUGAUUGUUGCGUUUAUUAUUUUAACCAUGUAUAGUGAUGUAUUAUCAGCCUUCUACUACAUGGCAUUGACAAGUCUUUGCUUGUUUUGAGUAGAUACUUUAUUUGCUGAAUUUUGGACCAUCUGGUGUCCAGCCCUUAUCAUGCCCCCCUUCAAAGAAGACUGGUAUAUUGCUUUGCACAUGUCGGUCGGUCCAUCGGUAGACCAAAGCUUAUCCAAGUGUUAACUCAACAAUUCCUGAACGUAAUUGGUCAUCAAACUUGACAUGAAGGUUGGGCCUGACCAGUAGACGACCCCUAUUGAUUAUAGGGGUAAUCAGGUCAAAGGUCAAGGUCACAGUGACCUUUAAUGGUAAAAGGAUUUUAAAGCUUGUCUCAGUGAUAACUAAAACAAUGCCUGCACCAAUGGCCCUCAAACUUGACUUGGGGUUUGUGACUGACCAGUAGAUGACACCUAAUGCUUUUGGGGGUCAUUGGGUCAAAGGUCAAGCACUUGAACUUGAAUGAUAAAAGGUUGUCCGGGUGAUAACUCGACAAUGCCUCCACCCUUGGCCCUGAAACUUGACUUGGAGGUUGGGUCAUCAGGUCAAGGUCAUAGUGACCUUGAAGGCAAAUUCCACAAUUCCUGGACCUAUGGUCAUCAAACUUGACAUGAAAAUUGGGGCUGAGCUGUAGAUGACCCCUUUUGAAUUUUGGGGUCAAGGUCACAGUGAACUUUAGUGUGAAAAAAGCUAACACAGCUUCUCCCAGUGAUAUUUCAACAAUGCCUGGACCCAUGGCCCUUGACUUGGGGAUUGGGCCUGACCUGUAGAUGACCCCUUUUGAUUUUAGGGGUCUUCCGGUCAAAGAUCAAGGUCACAGUGACCUUGAAUGCAAAAAGCUUGUCUGUUUGAUAACUUGACAAUGCCUGCACCAAUGGCCCUCAAACUUGACAUUUAGGUUUUGGGUGACCAGUUGAUGACUCCCAUGGAUUUUGAUGUCAUAGAGUCAAAGGUCAUGGUCAUAACUCAUAUUCAUCAUUAGAAUUUUGUCAUAUUUACUUAUUUCCUGCUGCUAAGAUGAUACAUUUUUAUCUGAAAAUAUCAGUCAUCAUCUGAACCUGAUUAAAAACUAUACAAACUAUCCUCACACUAAUUGAAUGGUCAAAGGCAUCCAAUGUCAAUGACAAGUCAGCUGUCAAUUCGGUCCUUGCAUAUUUCAUUCAAUUGUCCAAUAAUCUUGACAACAUGGCGCUUAGGGGGUGGGGGGGCAUAUUGAUUAACAAACAUCUCUUGUUGGUUUUACAUAAUACAGCUGCAAAACCAGAGAAUCUACAGUUAAUUUAAGUUUAUUAUUAUUAAAUACUUUAAAAAAAUACAUUUCUCAAUUUCUCAUAAUGAAUAUUAUUUCAACAUCAGUUUGUGUUGUAUUGAAAACUGUUUGUGUUGUAUUGAUAUUAUUUAAAUCGUUAUUUUCUGUAACAAAUGAAAUUUGUAUGAUUGUUUCACAUUUAUAUCUUUUCCUUUACUUCGUUUCAUAGGGUCAAGUCAGAUCUUAUUGAACUAUAUUGCCAGUUCCUUCUUAAAAGUAUUUUGUUAUGCUCAUGUUUGUGUAUGUUGAGCUUACUUUCCAGGAAAUGUUUUAUGAAGAAUAAAAAAAUUAUAGGA